AUCUCUUGUGGCUGACUCGUGGUGCGUAAAACGCUUACAUCUUCGCGUCUUCUUACGUUGCAGGUUCACCGCGUGUUUGGAAGAAAAAUACAAUCAUUUAAAUAUAAGCUAAAUAUAUAUAAAUAUGUUAUAAUUUGGAGUUUUUCAAUCAUGCAUUGGGUUUGACUGGUUUCAUCCCGAGAGAGCGGCAGGGGGAGGGACGUAAAAAGGCGUUUACGAGGAAGAGUUGGUGAAGAUCUGCGUGUGAGGGCCACCAUCAAGAACUGGAAACACACCUCAUUCUUUCAUUGUUGCUUUUUAUGCAGUUUUGUUUUGUUACACGACUAACGGCGAAAGUGUGCCACACAUGGAGCCUCACCAGAUGUGUAUUGUAUUACAAUAACGUGUUCUUGAGACUAGAUGAUCAUUGUGAUGAAGGAUCGACUUGCUGAGCUGACUGCUAGCAGAACACCGCCAGAGGAAGAUGUUGCAGUCUCUGUGGACCGAGAUGGCUUCAUGGAGGGCUUUUUCAGGAGGGUGGAGGAAGUUAGAGGACUCAUUGAUAAGAUUUCCCGUCAAGUGGAAGAGGUGAGGAAGAUGCACAGCAUGAUCCUGUCCGCACCCCACCCAGACGACAGAACAAAGGAUCAACUCAAUGCGCUGACCAAUGACAUCAAAGGGAACGCCAACGUGGUGCGGACCAAACUAAAAUCCAUAGAGCAAAGCAUGCCUAAAGACGAUGCAGCUAACCGAUCCACAGUUGACUUCAGGAUCCAAAAAACACAGCACACUGUGCUGUCCAGGAAGUUUGUGGAAGUAAUGACCCAAUACAAUGAGACGCAAGUUUCCUUUCGGGAGAGAAGCAAAGGGCGGAUCCAGAGACAACUGGAGAUAACUGGAAGAGUGACAACUAAUGAAGAACUGGAAGACAUGCUUGAAAGUGGAAUUCCAUCCAUCUUCACAUCUGAUAUCAUUUCUGACUCUCAGAUUACACGUCAGGCGGUCGAUGAGAUAGAGUCGCGACAUCAGGAUAUCAUACGGCUGGAGUCAAGCAUUAGAGAGCUACAUGCAAUGUUCAUGGACAUGGCAAUGCUGGUUGAAACUCAGGGUGAAAUGGUCAACAACAUUGAGAACAAUGUUUCCAAUGCGGCUGAAUACAUUUUUCGAGCUAAAGAAGAAACCAAAAAAGCAGUGCGUUACCAGAAAAAGUCCCGCAGGAAAUAUAUCAUCCUUGCCUUUGCUCUGCUGAUCCUGCUUGCUGUCAUUGCUUUGAUUGUUGGCUUAUCUGUUGGUCUAACCAAACCUCCUGCCUGACAGCUACGAUGAUAACGGCAUGAGAAGCUGCUCUGCCUUGCUGUGUGUGGAGAUGCAGGUGUCCUCCUUUUACUCAUUGUGCUAGUUGGUGCCUUCGGGUGAAGGAUUACAUAGGUCACGACCUCACAGUAAUCUCUUGUUCCUGUAGUGAUAAAGCCUCCGAUAGCUUCAUCACACUACACUCAUCAUAACAGCAUUACAGGGAGAAACAAUGAAUUAUGAUAAGGUGUUAGGCCUGUCACGAUAACAAAUUGUGCUGGACGUUUGCUGUCCUACAAAUUAUUGUCAAUUAUUGAUAAUUAUAUUAUUGUCAACAUUAUUUUCAGACCAUUUUUUCAUUAAUGUAAUGAUAAUAUGUGGGAUAAUGAUACGAGUACACCGUAUCAAAAUAAAUAAACAAUGUAAAACCACAACACAAAAUAAACAAAAUGAUAAAAUAAACAAACAAAAAAGACAAAAAAUGAAAAUGAAAUGGACUCUCAGAAAUUGCGCUUAAAUAAAAAUCACAAUCAAUCACAAUAUUUCUGAAUUUGAAUAAGUGUGAAUAAGUACGUUUACGGUGCAUCAGGCCACAGUAUCAACAUUCAGGAGGGGGGUUCGUGAUUGUGAUGACAUUCUGCCACAAUUGAGCGGUCCGCCGGUGAAAUAUUUCCCCACACAAACGUUCUUUCUCUUCUUACCUGUUUGGUAGAGAGAGAGGAGGAACUCAAACACGCAUGCACAUGUUAAUAUAUGGAGCAUGGCAAAAUUAUCGAGUUUGUUUUUAGUUAUCGUGCGGCUAAUUGAUUAAUUGAUUAUCGUGACAGGCCUAUAAGGUGUCUUCUACUCUUCCUUGCGCCAGUAACACCAGACCUCAUGACACAUGGUUCUGGAGUGGCUUAGUACAUAGACACUGACUGCUUGUUGAUAUUGAAGAGUGAUAUGUGCCUUCAUGUUAGAGUCUCCAAAAGUGUCCAAUAAGCACCACAAAAAGUUGCGAGAUUUGCCGCUUGUGGGUUUUUUGAAAAAAAGAAUCUAGAUGGGUGUGGAUGCUCGCUAAAUACAGCGACAGCAGGAGUAGAAACACUGAGCCUUCCUGCUCCGUCUUCUUAUUCUCUGGCAGACAAGGUGUGCAUGAGGUGUGUAUGAGUGGAUGCCAUCUACUGUACAGAGUUGUAACGACAAGCUGCAUUCACAGAAAGUCCCAUUGUAAUGUGUUUAUGAACGAGGGCGAAUAGGUAGCACUGAAUCUAUUUGUGGCGGUCCAAAUUUAGUCGUGGCGGGCCGCCCCAAAUAAAUGAAUGAUUAGGAAACACUGAAUACACUGUGAUAGAUAUUAAUUUUAAAAAAGAAAAAAAAAAACGUUUAAACAUUUAUUUUUUUGUGCUAAUAGUUCAGUCUUGUGGAGCAUAGCCUCAUCCACAACACUCAUGCCAUUCAACUUAAAAGAAAAGUACAACAAUUAUAAAGUGAGGUGUGCCAGACUGUACUAUUGCGACCCCAUGAAUGUCCCGCUGACUGUAAGAUGACCAGGAAACCAACCCUCCAGGUUAAAUGCUCCAUAUGCUCUCUUGAUAUUUUUGUACAUUAAUUAUUUAUGUAAAGCCAAGUAAACUGAAUGUAAGUAUCAUAUCUCAGGACAUCAUUUGAUAGCUAUUUUAAACUAAGGUUUUCUGUAAUAUUUUCCACUUGUGAUAGAACAUUAUUGUAUCCAUUAAACCACCACUUGAACGUCUUUAUCUACAAUAAAUACAAUAAUAAUAAAAUGUGCCUUCACUGUU